CCUAGUUUUGGCUUGAUGGUGUUUUAUAGCGAGCAGGCGCAGCGUCGGAGAAGCUCUUGGUUCCAACACAGAAAACACAUCCAAAGCUGCAAUGGGGAUCGAUAUUAAGGCUGGCGGCAAGAGCAAAAAGAGCAAAAGGACCGCACCCAAGUCCAAUGAUAUCUACCUCAAGCUCCUCGUCAAGCUUUACCGCUUCCUUGUGAGGAGGACCGGCAGUAAUUUCAAUGCCGUGAUACUGAAGCGCUUGUUCAUGAGCAAGGUUAACAAGCCUCCGCUUUCUUUGUCACGCUUGAUUAAGUUCAUGAAGGGAAAGGAAGGUAAAAUUGCCGUUGUAGUGGGAAGCGUAACCGAUGAUAUCAGAGUGUAUGAAGUUCCUGCAUUGAAGGUUACUGCACUCAGGUUUACAGAGACUGCACGUGCUAGAAUAGAGAAGGCUGGUGGUGAAUGCUUGACAUUUGAUCAGCUUGCACUUAGGGCUCCUCUCGGACAGAACACGGUCCUUCUUAGAGGCCCAAAGAACUCCAGGGAAGCUGUGAAACACUUUGGUCCUGCUCCUGGUGUUCCUCACAGCCAUACCAAGCCUUAUGUACGAUCUAAGGGAAGGAAGUUUGAGAGGGCUAGAGGAAGGAGGAACAGCAAAGGAUUUAGGGUUUAAGUUGUAUUGUUUCCCUAUUUUUCUUAAGUUUUUAGUUUUGAAAUUUAACCCUUCCUCCCAUAUCCUAGUGCUGAAGACAGUUUUCUUAUGUUAUGUUUCGGUAAAAAAUAUUUGGUAUGGAGAAUGGAGGUUGUGCUGCUUUUCUCCUCUUAUACUUUGAAGUCUACUAUAAGUGCUAUAAUAUUUGUUGUCGUAUAUUAUUAUGAA